GAAGUUUAAUGGCGACUAGAUCGCCUUAUAAGAGACAAACGAAGCGAUCAAUGAUUCAAUCUCUUCCAGCUUCUUCUGCAUCAUCUCGCCGCCGAUUCAUUUCUCGGAAGAGGAUCGCGAUGAUGAUUCCUCUUGCUCUCUUCUCCGGCGCCGUUUUCCUAUUCUUCAUGCCAUUCAAUAGUUGGGGCCAAUCAUCUAAUUCACUGGAUCUCUCCCAUAGAAUCCAUGAAAUUGAAAUAGUUGCUGAGUUUCCUCAUGAUCCUGACGCCUUUACUCAGGGUCUUCUUUAUGCGGGAAACGAUACACUGUUCGAAUCCACUGGUCUAUAUGGGAAGUCGUCAGUGAGGAAAGUGGAUCUACGAACCGGAAAGGUUGAAGUUAUUGAAAAAAUGGGUAAUUCUUACUUUGGAGAGGGUUUAACACUCCUUGGAGAAAGGCUCUUUCAAGUUGCAUGGUUGACGAAUACGGGUUUCACAUACGACAUUCGCGACUUAAGCAAAGUAAAACCAUUUAAACAUCAUAUGAAAGAUGGAUGGGGACUGGCUACCGAUGGAGAAGUGUUGUUUGGAAGUGAUGGCACUUCUACACUAUACCGGAUGGACCCUCGAACAAUGAAAGUUACUAAUAAGCACACAGUCAGAUAUAAUGGCUAUGAGGUACGUUACCUCAAUGAGCUCGAGUACAUAAACAAAGAAGUAUGGGCAAACGUGUGGCAGUCUGAUUGUAUUGCUAGAAUUUCACCCAAGGACGGAUCGCUGCUUGGAUGGAUACUGCUACCAAAAUUAAGACAAGGAUUGCUGAAAUCUGGACAUGGGGGUAUUGAUGUCUUGAAUGGCAUAGCAUGGGACAGCGACAAGCAACGCCUCUUUGUAACCGGGAAACUGUGGCCGAAGCUGUACCAAAUCAAGCUAAAACAAGCAUCAGCAAAGAGCGGAAAAUAUAUGGAGCAACAAUGCUUGUCGCUGUCAAACAUAAAAGGGUGAACUAUCUUUUUGAGUAUUAUAUAAUGUGAAGAAUCCUGUAAACGCUCUGUUCUCAAGCUCUGUAGUGUAGUAAUGUUGAGAAGUGUCAAUUUCUAUUUGAUAUAUUCUUUGUUACUGAUGAAGUGAUGAUGAUGAUGUGUGUGUGUGUUAAUCCACGAGUUUCAUAUGAACAGAGUUGGUUAUGUGGAAUUUGCAGACUAUUUUUUGGCAGAUGACACAAGUUAUUAAUAGAGUUUGUAUGGUUGA